UUCGCAUGAUGUUAGUUAAUGGGUGGUGCGCGGCCAUACCCGCAUUGUUUCUGAUGCUGCUAGUGAAUACCACUGCCGGACAAGAUCUUGCCGAUCCGGACAUACAGGCUAUGCUGGUGGAAUACGAAUCAGAACACAUGGAGGAAAGCUACCGCUUCAAAUACGCAACGGACGAUGGACAGUUCCGCGAGGAAACGGGUAUGCUGAUGAAUCCCGGUACACCACAAGAAGAGCUAGUUGUGGUGGGAACGUACGGCUACGAAACGGACGACGGUACACAGGUGAUGGUUAUGUACGUGAGUGGAAAGAAAGGUUAUCAGGCCAGAACUAGAUCGCGAUUACUGCCUGAGUCGGAACGGAAGCGGAAGCUGCUGCGAUCUUUGGUUGGCUGA